AUGGCGCAGAAAAGCAGCCUCACAGCCCCUUACGGAGCGCUUGCCUUUGCAGUUUGCUUUUUGGCAUAUGCAGCCACAGGUUUGGAACUGUUUGUAAAUGAUAACGCUACUGACUUCACCCUGUCUACAAGAUGUGGCCCUCUACUCUCCCUCUCCUGCCUAGUACAGAACAACAGCCAGGCUGAGGAGCUUCUCUGGUACCGAGGAGAUGGGACUGUGGAUCUCAAAGAAGGAAAUAAAGUGAACGUCAGUAACAUCUGCAUAUCCCCAAUCACUGAGGCUGACAACGGAGUCACCUUCACUUGCAAGCUGAGGCGGGACCAAUCUGUCCAGGUCUCUGUGAUCCUGGAUGUCCAGUUUCCUCCCCUCCUUACUGGAGAAGAGUCCCUCGCAGUCGAAGAAGACAAAGAUGUUACCCUGAACUGCAAUGCCAAAUCCAACCCUCAAGGUCAAACAAAUUGGUAUAAAAACAACGCCACCUUGACCCUACAGCAAAAUCGUUACCAGGUGUACCAGACUAGUGAUGUUUUUCAGCUGUCUAUCAAAAAAGUACAGAAGUCUGACAACGGGACCUAUACUUGUGUGGUGAAAUCUGCUUUGGGAGAGGGGAGAAAGGAUUUCCACCUGAUAGUUGAAGAUAAGAAGCCUGUUUUCCCCAAGGAGGCCAUUAUUGCUGCUGUUGUGGUAGUUGCACUCACUGUAAUUUUUGGAAUUGUGGCUCGAAAAGAAAAAAUUUUUAAGUGCUUCAAAGGAUCGAGUGAAACAGCUCUGUAA